UGGCUGCUGGCUUUGACGAGGAUCUUAUUCCAUUUGAAGGUUUAAAGCAAACUCAUCCGAAAUGCCCGAUAUUAAAAUAACGCCAUUGGGUGCCGGACAGGAUGUUGGCCGCAGCUGCCUGUUGCUAUCGAUGGGCGGCAAAAAUAUAAUGCUCGACUGUGGCAUGCACAUGGGCUACAACGAUGAGAGACGCUUUCCGGAUUUCUCGUACAUUGUGCCCGAAGGACCCAUCACCAGUCACAUCGAUUGCGUGAUCAUAUCCCAUUUUCAUCUAGAUCACUGUGGCGCUCUGCCGUAUAUGUCGGAGAUAGUGGGCUAUGCGGGGCCCAUUUACAUGACUCAUCCGACGAAGGCGAUAGCUCCCAUUCUGCUGGAGGAUAUGCGCAAAGUGGCUGUGGAGCGCAAGGGUGAAUCAAAUUUCUUUACCACACAAAUGAUCAAGGAUUGCAUGAAAAAAGUGAUUCCCGUCACUUUGCACCAAAGCAUGAUGGUCGACACAGAUCUUGAGAUUAAGGCAUACUAUGCUGGUCAUGUACUUGGCGCCGCCAUGUUCUGGAUCAAGGUGGGCUCACAGAGUGUAGUGUAUACCGGCGAUUAUAAUAUGACGCCAGAUCGACAUUUGGGUGCCGCCUGGAUUGAUAAAUGCCGGCCGGAUUUGCUGAUCUCGGAGAGCACGUAUGCAACCACAAUUCGAGAUUCGAAGCGCUGCCGGGAGAGGGAUUUCCUCAAGAAGGUGCACGAAUGUGUCGCCAAGGGCGGGAAAGUGCUCAUCCCAGUUUUUGCUCUGGGCCGUGCACAGGAAUUGUGCAUCCUGCUGGAGACCUAUUGGGAGCGCAUGAAUCUAAAAUAUCCCAUCUACUUUGCUCUUGGCCUCACAGAGAAGGCAAAUACGUACUACAAAAUGUUCAUCACUUGGACAAAUCAGAAGAUUCGCAAGACUUUUGUCCAUCGGAACAUGUUCGAUUUCAAGCACAUAAAACCCUUCGAUAAGGCCUACAUUGAUAAUCCCGGUGCGAUGGUUGUGUUCGCCACGCCGGGCAUGCUGCACGCCGGUCUCUCGCUGCAAAUCUUCAAGAAAUGGGCGCCCAACGAGAACAACAUGGUCAUCAUGCCCGGCUAUUGUGUCCAGGGUACUGUGGGCAAUAAGAUUCUCGGCGGUGCCAAGAAAGUCGAAUUUGAGAACCGUCAAGUUGUCGAGGUCAAAAUGGCCGUGGAGUACAUGAGCUUCUCGGCACAUGCCGAUGCCAAGGGUAUUAUGCAGCUCAUCCAGAACUGUGAGCCCAAGAACGUGAUGCUCGUGCAUGGCGAGGCGGAGAAGAUGAAAUUCCUGCGCGCCAAAAUACGAGAUGAGUUCAAUCUGGAGACGUAUAUGCCGGCGAAUGGGGAGACAUGUGUGAUCUCCACGCCAGUCAAAAUACCCGUGGAUGCUUCGAUAUCACUGCUCAAGGCGGAGGCACGUGCCUACAAUGCCCAACCACCGGAUCCGAAGCGCAGACGUCUCAUCCAUGGCGUUCUGGUGAUGAAGGACAAUCGCAUUAUGUUGCAAAAUCUGACAGAUGCCCUCAAGGAGAUCGGCAUCAAUCGGCAUGUGAUGCGCUUCACGUCCAAGGUCAAAAUGGAUGAUCCGGGACCAAAGUUGCGCACCAGCGAGAAACUCAAAUUGCUGCUCGAUGAGAAGCUAACGGGUUGGACUGUUGUGCUGCAGGAGACCGGCACCAUAAGCGUCGAAAGCGUUGAGAUCAAUGUCGAGGAGGACGAAAAGGAUCCCAAACAAAAGACAUUACUGAUCACUUGGACCAAUCAGGAUGAAGACAUAGGCGCCUAUAUACUGAAUGUCCUACAAAAUAUGUGCUAGUCUAUAUAAGAUAUAGAAGAUAGAAAGAGUGCCAGUUUGCCGGGUUUAUUUCACUCCGGCUUAGGCCUUAACGUGUUCGUCACGAUUCCAUAAUUGUUAAGCAAAAAAGAAAAAGGGAUCUUUUCAAAUUGUGAGUUUCUGAAAUUAUACGAAAAAUACAUUUAACUAUUUUUCAACCAAUAAAUUUCAUUCUCUUUUCGAUCAACGAAUUCCAUUCCAAA